AUGGCGCUCCUGCAGCCACCGGAGAGGCCCUUAUCGGAUCGGCGGAAGGAAGACGCUUCGACACCGAGGGUUCCCACUCCUGCCCACCUACUUCCGUCGAACCCCAAGACGCCUUGUCGCCUCAGACAACGCCGACAACGCCCGCCCUUCCCGCACAUCAGCAGCUACCUACGGCAAGACAGCACCGAAAACUGUCGACUCCCCUUAGAGCAGCUAUCAGCCUGGAUCAACUCUCUCAUCGGAUCCCCGCCGCGGAUGCAGAAGAUGCACGUCCCCUUCUACAGGAGAUCAGCCCUUCGCGGCUUCAGCAUAUGGAUCAAGAGCGCGCUCUCGAUGAGCCCGCACGUCGUCGUCGCGCCUACGUUGCAAUACGUCCCCAAACCUUCGACCCGCACCCACAAAAAUUUCGCCACCUCAAUGCCGUGGUCCAUGGCCUUCGAUGAGAUGAACCACAUGAAGAAGAAGCCGAAGAACCCCUCCAAGACGCUACGCAAGAAGCGGAACGCUGGCGAGGCUGUCGUGGUCGCAACUCCGUCAGAGGAACAGUCCUUUCUGCUCCUCGAUUGCGGCGGCGCGGCCCCACUUAACAACGAGCAGCACGGAGGCAAAGUCGAACAUCAGUGCCCACUCUGUCCGCGGAAGUUCACCUUCGCGCACAGCCUUGCUCUGCAUAUGAAAUGGCAUUGGGGGGCGAGUAAGCUUGAGUGGCGGCGAGAGUCCCUAGGCAAGACGCACCGGCCCCUAAAGAGGCGCAACAUCCGACCCAAAAGGACGAAGACAUCAUCGUACUGGACACUGAGGAGGUGUCGCCUCACAACUCUUUCCAGCUGGACUUCUCGUUCUGGGAUCUACGCAACGAGCCUCUAG